AUGGCCAGAUCAGCAGGCGGCUCAGCAGCCUGGCUGACCCCUUGGCGGAAGUUCUUUUCAAAUCACCCAAAGAACUUGGCGCUCCGCCUCCGCCUCUUGCUUUUUCUGGACUGUGUGAUAUUUGCUUUGAUAAUUGCUGCUAUUACGGGGCCCUGGUACAGGCAGGAAUGGCGAGUUGCGAAUGGCGAGAUCCUAUCGUGGACUUUGAACCUCACCAGGGCAAAGUUUGCUGUUGACUGCUCAUCAGAUUCCCCCGAGUUUCUUGAUUUGUGCCAAAUGCUCUACGGACGAAUGGCGGGAGAUCUCCGAGCAGUGACGCGUUCUAUUUGCAGCGCAGCUAGAAAAGUACAGGACACAGACCUUCAAGCCCUGUUGCAGGAGACAUGUUCAGAUAUGGAACUCAUACAGAAACUCUCAGUCUCCACAGGUGGCGUGGCGGGAAUGUCUGCUUUUUUUAUGGCCUUCGGCUUGGUAGCUUUUCUUUUGCAUGCAGGAGGCGGCUUUCGAAACCGCCGAGCGUGGCGAGCCAGUUUCGGCUGCCAUGUGCUUGCAUGGAUUGCUAUAACUGCCUCCUGUGUUAUAUACAGUCUAGCAAUAAUAAAUAUUGAGGAUAUGUUUCACUUUCAACCUCCCUUAAACGUCUCAUUCGACCCUGCACAAGCUGAACCCGUUGCUCACGAGUUGCUGUACGGGUUCAUAAUUGCCAUCGUUUUGUCGGGGCUGAUGCUCUUCUACCUCCCCUUUUGGUGGAAGGCGGCUCCUUUUGACCCUGACCCCUAUUUUUUAGAGCCAAGCGACUUGCGUCAAGGAUUUGUUUAA